AUGCAGGAGCUGAAGGUGUUUACGCGGCAGUAUGCAUGCAGGGGUCGAAAUAAGCGAUGGUCCGAUGGUCCGGGGCCAGGAGAUAACAACGAGGUGCGGCGCACGACAAUGCGGGAGCUGAAGAUGCUGCGCAUGCUGAAGCUGGAGAACAUCGUCGAGCUGAAGGAGGCCUUCCGUCGUCGCGGGAAGCUCUACCUCGUCUUCGAAUACGUCGACCGGAACAUGUUGCAAGAGUUAGAGCAGCUGCCUAAAGGAGCAGGGCUUCCCAGUGACAAGAUCAGAAGCUACGUCUACCAGCUGGUGAAGGCAGUGCACUGGUGCCAUAACCAUGACAUCAUACACAGAGACAUUAAGCCCGAGAAUCUGCUCAUCAGUUCUAACGACGUCCUCAAGCUGUGCGACUUCGGUUUCGCGCGGACCACGCAGGGAGAGCAGACGGCUAAUUACACUGACUACGUGGCGACGCGGUGGUACCGGGCACCAGAGCUGCUGCUAGGAGGCUCGUACGGCAAGGCGGUCGACGUCUGGUCGAUCGGCUGCAUCCUUGGGGAGCUGAGCGAUGGCCGGGCACUCUUCCCGGGCGAGAGCGAGAUCGACCAGCUCUACACGAUCCAGCGCGUGCUCGGCCCGCUGCCGCCGCAGCAGAUGCACCUCUUCUACACGAACGGCAACUUUGCCGGCUACAACUUUCCAGCGGCACAGAACUGCAUGACCCUCGAAAAGCGCUACGAAGGUGUCAUGAGUGGUGUCAUUUUGGCCUUGAUGAAGAGGGUGCUGGUGUAUGACCACCACCAUCGAGCCUCGAUUGAGGAGUGUAGGAGACACGAAUCGUUUCACACGGAAUUUUCCUGCGACAAAUCUCUCUUCGACAAACACAUCUUGCCUGCACCGAUCGGAGACAUAGAGAUAAGCGUAGAACGGACGGCAAGCGAGGAGACAGCAGACUCGGGAAUCAUUGCUCUUCACAGUUCGCCGUCUAGUCGAGGAGUAAAAGCGCAGGAGAAAUCGGGACUAUCCUCGAGCCAACGCGCAGAUUUGCACGAGGAUCUCAUCGCUGCGGACGCCGCGAAACCUGUUUUGGCCGGCAAGUCGACGCUCGCCGCGAAAACUAGACUGACCAACGAAGAGAUGCUCCCCGCAAACCAUCAGAAAACUAAUCGGCAUGGCAAGUCCGUUGCAACUGUGCAGAAAACUAGUCCACCUAGCAAGUCGUCCGCAAAUGUGCCUGCGGUAACUAGUCCGCCUAACAAAUCAAUGGCUCCUGCAACCGUGCAGAAAACUAGUCCACCUAGCAAGUCGUCCGCAAAUGUGCCACCGGUAACUAGUCCGUCUAACAAAACAAUGGCUCCUGCAACCGUGCAGAAAACUAGUCCACCCAAAAAAUCACCAGCAAGUGUGCCGGUAACUAGUCCGCCUAACAAAACAACUAGUCCACCCAAAAAAUUACCAGCAAGGGGGCCUGCGGUAACCAGUCCGCCGGGUAAACCCGCAAAAUCGCAAACGACUAGUCCUCCUUCCAUCAGGCAAGUAUCGCCCGCAAACGCACAGAGAAGGUCAGCUCCAAAACUCUCCGGCGCGGCAACGAGUUCGCCGACGAAGAGCGCCGAUCCUCGCUCAAGCCACGCGCUCGACGUAUCGAAAAAGCUGAUAGAGGGCGCCGAUGUGUCGUCGACGAAGCUGGCCGCGCAGCCGCCGGGCGCGAACGCUCGGGUCAGUCCCCCCCAGCUCAGUAAGUCCGUGCCAACGAAGCUGAACGUGGUGAAGCUCUCCCUCGCCGGCGACCCGCCCGCGCCCACCGCCAGCCGGCUGCAGUUCGCUCGCCUCGUGAAGAAGUGCGUGAAGACUGUGUCGCUGCGGGACCCGGGCGCGCGCGCUGCCGACGUCGCGUUCGGCCGGCCGACCGAGGUGCGGCUCAGCGUCGCCGGCAACGCGAAGGAGGUCGCGCAUCUCUCCUUCCUCAACAUGCUGCAGCAGUGCAAGAGCACGAAGGAAGCCACUGGAGGAGGAGGAGGAGGAGGAGGAGGCCGGGAGGAUGGCAUCGUCGUCUCCAAGCGGGCAAAACUCGACGAGACCCGCCUCGCGGAAGACACGACCGAGGUGUCGCCGCCACCGCCGCCGCCCAUCGCCACCACGCGGCGGAGGCACGGGCGCGAUCGUCGCCGCAGCGACGCGAAGACGACGCUGAUGCCAACGCUGACGCCGACGCUGACGACGCGGGAGCUGCCGCUGGGCUUCUCCGGCUCGAGUCAGGUGAUGGGGAACGCGCCCGAGGGCCACGACUUGCGGUCGAGUCUCGCGGCUUCCUCCCUCGCCGCCGCACCGAGGACUCCGGCUCCCGCCCUCCAGCCUCGCUGCCGGUCGCCGCCUCACAAGGCAGCGGCGGCGGCGGGGAGUCGGAGCCAGGCGGCCGCUCUCAACACGUACACGGUGAACUUCAAGGCGCGGCGGGCGUCGCACGGCGGUGAUAAUGACGAGGAGGCGGCGGCGGCGGCUUGCAGCCAGCAGGGGUCUCCUCCGCAUCACAGGGGCAGCAGGGGCCACGUGCCGAAACGCACCCCCAGUCAAGAAAACUCUGUGAAGUCUCUCACGCAGCGACUGGCCAACGCCAAGAUUCAGGACGACAUUUCAGUUGCCAUGCCGAGUCUCGACAAAUCUCAGUUGGGCUUUGAAAGAUCUCAGGGCAUGAGUACGUCUCCGAUACCAACAUCGAUGCCUGCGCUAAGUAAGACUUCCCAGGAGACGAGAGGCCAGGCUGGGGAUUGGACGUAUUGGGGUGCGGACGGGGCAUUGGGCUCCCAUGUGGGAUCACGUGCAAAGCGAAAGCAGCACAAAUAUCAAACCUCGGACCAAAAACACGUUUGAGAGCGAUAGAAUCAUG